AUGUCUGCCCUGCGUGUCAUUGGACCAAAUCUUCAAAUUGAAUGGUAUUUUAUUGAAUCAAAGAUGUACCUGAUUACCCAAAAAGAAAAUCAAUCAACUAUUGUAGUUUUAUUGUGCUGUCUGAUCAAUAUGAUGAAGUUCGCUACGAAUAAUAGUUUAUAUUCCAAAGAAAUGAAGUUUAUUUGUCUUUUCAGUUGGUCCCUUGAACCCCAGAAGCCUUUCUUUUCAGAGUUUACUAUUAACAGCUUAUUUGCCCUGACGAUAAUUGAUUUGUGUAAUCUCUGGAAAGGUGUACAUAUCAGUCCAUAUCAAGGCAUCUGUGGUAUAAAUCAAUACCGAGACUGUGCGACCAAUAUUUGCUUAGAUAUUCUGCGUAAAGUAGAAAUCGACUAA